GCCAAAGCAUCAUCAAUAUCAGAGGUCAUCAUGGGGUCGAGUUCGUCAUCUUAUGCCCCUAAAACUAUUUAUCUGGAUGUGGAUGGAAAAGUGCAAAGGGUGAUUUUCAGUCGUCACUGUAGCCCAUGUGAUAUUAAGGAGCUUCUCUGCUCAUCAUCCAAUAUUGCCAGAAACACAGCUAUACUUCUGAUUGACUCAGAAGGAGCACUGGUAUCUAUUGACCCCAGCAUGCCUGCAAACACUCCAAACAACUUAUAUAAGGUUAUGCCUCAUUCCACAAACCAAGGAGGAGAGAAGGAAGACAUGUUCCAGAACGUCCUGUCACAAGUGGCAGAGCAGUUCAGCAGGGCUUUUAGGAUCAAUGAGCUGAAGACUGAAGUGACCAACCGACUGGCCAUGCUGGAGAAGAGAGUGGAGCUGGAGGGACUUAAAGUGGUGGAAAUUGAGAAGUGUAAAAAUGAUCUGAAGAAAUUAAGGGAUGAAAUGACCUCUAGAGGAGGAGUGAGAAUGAACUGCAAUUGCAAAUAUAACUUUACUGAUGAUGGGAAGAAACUGUCUCCCAGGCGAGAUGUCCCAAGCUACCCAAAGUACACACUUUCUCAGGAAACUAUAGAGGCUCUGAAAAAGCCCACCUUUGAUGUAUGGCAUUGGGAACACAAUGAGAUGCUUAGCUGUCUGGAGUAUAUGUAUCAUGACCUUGGACUGGUUAAGGAGUUUAACAUUAACCCCAUAACUCUCAAAAGAUGGCUGCUUGCGAUUCAAGAAAACUACCGCGACAACCCUUUCCACAACUUCCGCCACUGCUUUUGUGUGAGCCAGAUGAUGUAUGGAAUGAUCCAUCUGUGUAACCUUCAGGAGAGGCUUACUAUGACAGACAUGUGUAUUUUGAUGACUGCAGCCGCGUGUCAUGACCUGGACCACCCGGGAUACAACAACACGUUUCAGAUUAAUGCUCGCACUGAGCUGGCCGUGCGCUAUAAUGAUAUCUCUCCUCUGGAGAACCAUCACUGUGCUGUGGCCUUCCAGAUCCUCUCUAUGCCUGAGUGCAACAUAUUUGCCAAUGUGGAGCCUGACUCCUUCAAACAGAUACGACAGGCGAUCAUUACUCUUAUUCUGGCGACAGAUAUGGCUAGACAUGGAGAGAUACUGGACUCCUUCAAACAGAAAGUGGACAACUUUGACUUUACCAAUGAGGAGCAUGUUAAAUGCCUGAAGAUGGUGUUGAUCAAGUGUUGUGACAUCUCCAAUGAGGUCAGACCCACUGAGGUGGCAGAGCCGUGGGUGGACUGUCUCCUGGAGGAGUACUUCAUGCAGAGUGACAGAGAAAAGUCAGAAGGUCUUCCUGUGGCUCCAUUUAUGGAUCGUGACAAAGUCACCAAACCAACAGCACAAAUUGGCUUCAUUAAAUUCGUCCUCAUCCCAAUGUUUGAGACCGUCAUGAAGCUCUUUCCACAGAUUGAGGAGAUCAUGGUUCAGCCUUUGAGGGACUCCCGUGAUCACUAUGAAGAGCUCAAGCAGAUAGAUGAUGCCAUGUCAGAGGCACAGAAGAAGAAAACAGAGAGCAUGUCUUUAGGUGGAAAAAAGAAAUAG